GUUAUAUAAUGAAUUAUUAUGAAGAUACUAUUGCUGAUAAUAUUUAUAACUUAACAACAUAUCCUACAGAUGAUGAAAUGCAUUUGGUUAUUCAUGAAGCACAUAAACAAGCAAGUACAUUUGCUAAAAUUCUUGAAUUUAUCGAGUAUAAAAAUCUUUUUUAUUAUGGAAUUUUUAUUACACAUAUGUUAGCUUAUGAAAGUGAUUUAUUAGAUGUUGAUUUAAAUCAAGAUGAUGAUGAGUUAGAAAAAAUUAAUAAAGUUGAUUGUGAAUUAAAUGAAAUUAGCAAGGCUGCAGAGUUGAUUAACAUAUAUAAUAUGAAAAAAUUGAUGAUUUAG